AUCCAUCUGAACACUACGGCAAUGUCAGACAAGGAAACACCAAAGUCAAUCGAGGAAUUACUUAAACUUCUCGCCUUGGGACAGGAGCUUACUCCUUCCCAGCAAAAGGAAAUGAAGGACUACAAAUUCUGGAAAACCCAGCCGGUACCUAAACUUGAUGAAACGAUCGACAGUGAAGGACCAAUUGACGCUACUAAGACACCCGCAGAUAUCCCAGACACUCCAUUACCUUUGAUCUCUGACUUUGAGUGGAGCACGCUUGACAUUGAGGACGAUGCCCAAUUAGACGAGUUGUACAAGUUGUUGUAUGACAAUUAUGUUGAAGACACCGACGCCACUUUCCGAUUCAAAUAUUCCCACGAAUUUUUCAAAUGGGCAUUGAAGCCUCCUGGCUGGAAGAAGGAAUGGCACGUUGGUGUCAGGGUCAAGGCUACUGGUAAAUUAGUUGCGUUUAUUGCUGCAAUUCCAAUCACCAUUAAGCUCAACAAGAGUGAAAAAGUCAUCACUUCCGUCGAGAUUAACUUUUUGUGUAUCCACAAGAAAUUGAGAAAUAAGAGAUUGGCUCCCGUUUUGAUCAAGGAAAUCACAAGAAGAGUCAAUAAACAUGAUAUCUGGCAAGCAUUAUAUACCGGAGGGAUCAUAUUGCCUACACCCAUGGCACAAUGCAGAUACCAACAUCGUCCAAUUAACUGGUCAAAGUUGUAUGAUGUGGGAUUUUCACACUUGCCCCAAGGUAAAACCAAAGCCAAUAUGGUGGCUAACUAUGCAUUGCCAAAUGUAACCCAGAUUCCAGGCUUGAGGGCCAUGAAGAAAGACGAUGUUACUAAAGUGUUGGCGUUGUUGAAUAAGUACCAAGAAAGGUUUGAUAUUGUGCAAGAAUUCACCGAGGCUGAAUUCUCUCAUUGGAUGGGAUUGAACGGUGAUGAACCUUCUAAUGUCAUCAAAGCAUAUGUUGUUGAGAAAGACGGGGAAAUCACUGACUACUUCUCAUACUAUUUGCUUCCAUUCACGGUAUUGGAAAACUCUCAACAUGAUGAAUUAGGAAUUGCUUACUUGUAUUAUUACGCCACAAACACAGAAGACUCAUACAAGACAAGAUUAACUUCGCUUUUGAACGACGCAUUAAUCACGGCCAAGUCAUUCAAUGUGGAUGUGUUCAACUGUUUGACCAGUCAAGACAAUUCAUACUUUUUGAAAGAUUGUAAAUUUGGCAGUGGUGAUGGAUUCUUGAACUAUUAUUUGUUCAACUACAAGACCUUCCCUAUGCAUGGAGGGAUUGAUCCUGAAUCCAAGGUGGUUUCAGAAGACCAAACCAGUGGAAUUGGUGUUGUUUUGCUUUAAUACCCUAGAACUUGUCUUUAAGUAGUAGCAAUAUUACAGUUUACUCUGAAUACAGAUUAAGUUUUUUU